UUGAUCGGCAAUCAAAACGGUUAAGGAAGUUUAAAUCAGACAUUGAAAUGUUUUGUUAAAUAAAGACGGUGUAAAUAAAAUGUUAUAGAUUUGAAGUAAAAUGAAGGAUAUACUCUUCUUAUUAAAUAUUCUAUAUUUGGGAAAAGUCUCCUGUAUAUGCGAGUCAACGUCAUCUGAUGUAUGUAAGCUAAAUCAAAACACAGAUUUGCCUCAUGUUUAUACGAGGCAUCCGUCGAUCGACUAUUCAGCACAGACUGAUGAUACAAAAUACUGUGACCUGCAUGCACUGCAGCAUGGUACAUGGUACAGAAGUAGUUACAACCUCAUAACAGAAUGUGUAGAUCACAGAAAAUGCGGAACUAGUGACCCUAUUUGGUUGAACGGAAGUUUACCAGCUGAUUCUGAUGGUACUGUAGAUGGAACAGGUUGCGUUAGAACAUUUGAUAGCUGCUGUGAGAGCACACUGGGACUUAAAAUUAGAAACUGUACCUAUUAUAUGGUAUAUUGUUUCAUUGAUCUACAUUCGGCCUGCCACAGCAGAUACUGUCUAGAUACAGAUUUGAGUAUAGAGACAACAACAACAGCAACAACUACUACAACUACUACUACGACUACGGCACCUGCCACAACAGACAAUAGCAAAAAUGGAGAAAAUAUAAUUUCAGAUAAUCCAAGCACAUACAAAGGUGCAUUUAUUGCAGUGACAGUACUGCUGCUGUUUGGUGUGGUUGUUGUGAUUUUGAGUCCUGCAGUAGUAGCAUUUGCAGGUUACACAGUCAAUGUACACAAAAAGUCGUCGCAAGUUAGUGAUUCAAGGAUGUCAUUAAAAUCAGAGCAGGACAAAAGUACAAGACAACAUGUAACAGAAGAUGUAGAACACAAUAAAACAAGCCAAUUAAAUGACACCAGAAGUCAACUUUCAAGAUCGCCAGUUAGUGUAGUAGAAAUACAAACUAAUGGAUUGCAUUAGAAUCAGUACGAUGUGAAGUAUGUAUAUUAGAGGAGAUAAUGCAUUGUGCGAAAAGGGCAAGCUUACCUUCAUGUCUAAACGAUAUAAUUAUAUCGUCGCAUUUAAGAUAUAAUUGCUCAGGCAUCUUACCAUUUUAUAAGAAUUAUUUGCACAUGUAAAACAUACUUGAAACUACUGCUGCACUAUGUAGCCAUUUUCCCUUUUGUGGGCUGAUACAGUGAUCUGUGUGCUAUAUACAAACACCAGUUUUAAUGUAUGAACUAAAAUUAAUGUGUAUAAUGUAUGUAAUUAAAUUGUUGUCAAAUGGCGUAUGCAUUAGAAACGUUAUAAAUUUCUUAUACUCUGCCUUUGUGAUAGUUAUAUCUUUCUACUUCGACAAUGUUAUAUUAAAUGCCGUAUGUAUAUGGUUAGAAAUAAAUGUAUCAUUACUAGGUAUUAUUUAUCCCAUAUUAAUACUUUUUGAAUGUAAGUAUUUUAUAUUUGCAUCUAUUUCUGCGAUGUGAUCUAUUGCUAUAUAAAGAUCAAGGAAUGUAAGCACUAAUAGUAUGUUUUGUUUGCUAGUCGUGUUUGUCAGCUGUUUUAGUUAUUUUAGUUGGUUUAAUUAUGUCUCAUUUUUCUUAAGACGGUUUAAACAUGUUUGCACACGGCAUCUGUAUAAGCAGAGGAGCAUAGAAACAUUUGAUAUAUGACUGCUAAAUAAUGUCCCAUUUGUAGGAUAAAAUACUUAUUCAUUACCAUGGUCACAGAAAGCCGAACAUACCAUUCUCAUUGCCUAAUGUUAAAUUCCGUAUACUAAAUGCUUCAUGUUUUAUGUUCAGUACCGAAUGGUACAUGUCAUACACUUAAAGUUUUGUACCAAAUCCCAAAUAUAUCAGACAUGUAUUGCUAAUGCCAUAAUGAUAAAUGCUUAUUGUCUAAUUCUGAAACGUUAUUAGUUCUAAUAAACUUAAUGUAACUGUCAAUUACAUGAAUGCUACUGGAAGCAAAAGCAUAAUCUAAUUAUGAGACAUGGUACCAUAACCAUAUACUCUUUUAUAUUUUGAAAACAGUUAGGUUCGAAACAAAUUUAUGUCUGUCUCCUGAUAUAUUUAUAACUUGUCUAUGUAUAUACUCAGCAAUUCGCAUUUUGCACAUAUUGUUCCCCAUUUCACAACUAAAUUGAUAGAAUUUAUCACAUCAAAGGUUACCAUUUGCCAAUUGACAUUUCUUUUUCGCAUACUGCAUUGUCCUUCAAUACAUUUUAGCAGAAUUAUAACAUUUUUUAUGGAAUUAUAACGAAAGGGUAAAGUUAUCGCCAAUACUAAUAUAUAUUCAUAUUAUUGCUGUACCUCUAUUCAUUUUCAGUUUUAGUAAUAAAAUAACAUUUUGACAUACACAUCACCAAGCCGUUGGUAUCUAGAAAGCUGUUUGCACUUUACUAUGCAGGCUUAACGUUUAUAUGUCAAGGACAGAUAGUCAAUACAUCGAAUUUAAGGAAAAAAAGAGAACAAAAACAAAAAAAAAACAACAAGAUAAAUACUGUCAAAUUAAUUUUGCAGUUUCACUUAUCUCUGAAUUAUCAUUCAUUCAUUAAGCAGUUGUAUAAUUUUGUUAUAUGUACAACAAGUACAUAUAAUUUUCUUUAAGAUUUAAUUGUUUUGUAUCGCAGUAGAUCACUAAGUACUCGUAUAUAUUGCCUAAUAGUACUUAUAUGCCUUUUCAAUUAUUUCAGUGAUACAUGUGAUCUCUUUGAGUGUUGUGUUUUCUCCUAUUUUAUUACCUCAUUUGUUUGAACGCAAAUGUGCAUCAUUAUUUUUUGAAAAAUAAAGAUACAGAAUGUCAACACGA